AUGAAAAUUCGCAAACAAGCAGGUGAUGCUCGUCUCAAAAUUCUGCCUCCACGCUUAGCCAUAUUCUCUUUCGCUUUCACGCACGUUUCGUCCUCUCUUUCUUGUUUAUUUACUGUCUCUCUUUUGCCCUUUAGCUGUUCAUUCUCUCUCUCUUUCUCUCUCUCUCUCUCUCACCCAAUGUCGUCGUACUUUAUCUCUCAUUCUCACUUUCUCUUCUUAGCUAUUGAUCUUAGCUAUCGUCUCUGGCUUUCCCCUAAUUCUUCUAGUCAGUUACUACUCAACUACCUUUCCCUUUCCCACUUACCUCUACUGCCGCUUUUUCUUGUCUCUUCCUCACUCCCUAAAAUAUCUCCAUUUCCUCUAUUCUUUCCUCGUCUUUCUCGCUCUUUCCUUAUUUUUUUCUUGCUCUUUCUCUCUCUUUUCCCUUUCUCUCUUUUCUGCCAUAUUGUUGCUUCUUCAUUUUUACCCCUUAUUUUCGCGCCUUCCCUUACGUUUUCUCUUACGUUAUUUUCCAUCUCUUUAGUCCUCAAUUUUCCUUGUUUUUCUCUUAUAACUCUUUCCUACUCUCUCUUGUUCUUUCUCUACAGACUUAUUCUCUUUGUUUUUGUCAGUUUCUCUUUUUCUGUCCGUCUUUUAUCCUUCAUUUUCCUGUCACUUUCACUCUCAUUAUUCUUUCUCACAUUUCAUCUUCCAACGUUUCUCGAUCUAGAAUGUCCUUUUUUUCUUGUUUUACUGCCUCGUUCCAUUCCUACAGUCUUUCACCUCUUUCUUUUCCCCUCUUUUUAUUACAAUCAGCUUUCCAUUUGCCUUAGUUCGCUACUCUUUUCGUCGCCUCUGUAA